UCUGUAACUGCAAAGGAGCCACCAGAUUCGACCGUAGCAGGAACGACGUCUGAAAAAACAACAGAAACUGUAACGAAGCGUACAGUGGAAAAGACAGUGACUGAUGAAGAAUGCAGGACGGCAAAUGCACCCACGCCUAUGGAGCAGGAUUUGAACACCGCUGUGCCACCUACUCCAAAACUGCAAGCAGACGAUACAAACACUGCUGUUCUACCCACUCCACAACAGGUGGACGAUACCAAGACUGCUGUGGCACCAACACCGGAGGACGAUACAAACACUGCUGUGCCACCUACUCCUAAACCGGAGGACGAUACGAACACUGCUAUGGCACCAACUCCGAAACCGGAGGACGACACCAAGACUGCUGUGCUAUCUACUCUUAAGCCGGAGGACGAUACGAACACUGCUGUGCCACCAACUCCAAAACCGGAGGACGAUAUGAACACUGCUGUGCUGCCUACUCCGGAAUCGGUAGGAUUACUCUAUAUCAUCCCCGAAUAUGUGUGUGUUUCUGGGUGUGUCUGUUUGUGA